UCUAGGCAGCCUAUUCAGCUCUGAACUGACUGACUUGCUUUGAUUGGCUAGAGGAAGAUCCUGAGGUCAUCGCGUGUCAGCUCUCAGUUUUAAAUCUCAGCCUGCCCUAUGGGCUUCCCGCCCCCCUUUCCCAGCCUCUUCGGACCAGAAAGACCUGUCCAAGCAGGGGUUCGGACUACAUCUCCCAGCGUGCCUGGCAGAGUAGUGGCCUCUGUGUGCCGGCAGCACCAGUUGCGGGUGACAAUGCAGCGGACACUGAGUGUGGUGGCCCCUCUGAGUUUUCGCCUGCAGACACAACCUUUGGUCCAGAGUCGCCCGCUCAGUUCUGUACAGGAUGUGCUGCGCAGGACUCCACUCUAUGACUUCCACCUAGCCCACGGAGGGAAGAUGGUGGCGUUUGCAGGGUGGAGUCUGCCUGUGCAAUACCGAGAUAGUCACGUGGAUUCGCACCUGCAUACACGCCGGCACUGUUCUCUCUUCGAUGUGUCUCACAUGCUGCAGACCAAGAUAUUUGGCUGUGACCGAGUAAAGCUGAUGGAGAGCAUGGUGGUUGGAGACAUUGCAGAGCUAAAGCCUAACCAGGGAACACUGUCACUGUUUACCAAUGAAGCCGGAGGCAUCUUAGACGACUUGAUUGUGACCAAUACUUCUGAAGGGCACCUGUACGUAGUGUCCAACGCUGGCUGCCGGGACAAGGACUUGGCUCUCAUGCAGGACAAGGUCAAGGAGUUCCAGAACAAGGGCAGGGACGUAGGCUUAGAGGUGGUAGAUAACGCCCUGUUAGCUCUGCAAGGACCUACUGCAGUGCAGGUGCUGCAGGCUGGUGUGACAGACGAUCUGAGGAAACUGCCCUUCAUGACCAGUGCCGUGAUGGAGGUGUUCGGUGUAUCUGGCUGUCGUGUGACCCGCUGUGGCUACACAGGAGAGGACGGCGUGGAGAUAGCAGUGCCAGCAGUAAGUGCAGUCCACUUGGCCACUGCCUUGCUGAAAAGCCCAGAGGUGAAGCUGGCGGGACUAGCAGCCCGAGAUAGUCUGCGCCUGGAGGCAGGCCUCUGUCUGUACGGGAAUGACAUUGAUGAACAUACCACGCCUGUGGAGGGCAGCCUCAGCUGGACACUGGGGAAGCGUCGUCGAAUUGCUAUGGACUUCCCGGGGGCCAAAAUCAUCAUUCCUCAGCUGAAGGGUGAGGUGCAGCGCAGACGUGUGGGAUUGGUGUGUGAAGGGGCUCCAGUGAGAGCACACAGCCCUAUCUUGAACCCAGAAGGCACCGUGAUGGGUACAGUGACCAGUGGCUGCCCUUCACCCAGCCUGAAGAAGAAUGUAGCAAUGGGUUAUGUGCCGUUCAAGUACAGUCGGCCAGGAACACAGCUGCUGGUGGAGGUUCGACAGAAGCAGCAAAUGACGGUGGUUAGCAAAAUGCCCUUUGUGCCCACGAACUACUAUACUCUCAAGUGAAGAUGU